AUGAAGUACUCUGUCAUCGCUGGUCUAUCCCUUUUGGGAUCGGCCAUGGCGACUGUGCCCUCCAUUGAGAUCAAAGGCAAGAAGUUCUUCUACUCUAACAACGGCACCGAGUUCUACAUCCGUGGUAUUGCCUACCAACCCGACUACAACGCCCGUAACGGUGGUAGUUCUGACGUCGACUACACCGACCCGCUGGCCGAUGUCGAGAGCUGCAAGCGUGACAUUCCCUACCUUGUCCAGCUGCGUACCAACGUCGUUCGUACUUAUGCCGUCAACCCCAACUCCUCUCACGACGAGUGUAUGAAUGCCCUUGCCGACGCUGGAAUCUACGUCAUUAGCGAUCUCUCCUCCCCCUCGGAGUCUAUUCAAUCCUCAGACCCCAUGUGGAACGCCGAUAUCUUCGAACGUUACUCAUCCGUCAUUGAUGCCUUCGCCCAGUACCCUAACGUCAUUGGUUUCUUCGCCGGAAACGAGGUCUCCAACAAGGUCUCCAACAGUGACUCCAUGGCUUAUGUCAAGGCUGCUGUUCGUGACAUGAAGGCCUACAUCAAGCAGAAGAACUACCGUUCCUCCCUGGCCAUCGGUUACGCUACUGACGACGACGCCAGCGUUCGUGAGAAUAUUGCCAACUACCUGGUCUGCGAUGAUGCCACAGACUCGAUUGACAUGUUCGGUUACAACAUCUACGAGUGGUGCGGUAACUCUUCCUACGUAGCUUCCGGAUACAAGGACCGUACCGAGGAGUUCGCAGACUACCCCGUCCCUGCCUUCUUCUCCGAGUACGGCUGCAACCAGCCCAGUCCUCGCUAUUUCACUGAUAUUCCCGUUCUUUACGGCCCUGAGAUGGAGAACGUCUGGAGCGGUGGUAUUGUCUACAUGUACUAUGAGACUGGUAACGACUUUGGUUUGGUUUCUACCUCUGGCACCAACGUGAUUACCUUGACCGACUUCGACAACCUGUCCUCUGAGAUUAAGAAGGCUACCCCCACCGGUACUGUCAUGAGCGAUUACAGCGUCUCUACCACCGUUGGCCGCACCUGCCCUACCGUUUCGGCUGGUGAGUGGCUUGCUGCCAGCAACCUGCCCCCUGCCAUUGACUCCGAACUCUGCUCUUGCAUGUACGACUCCCUGACCUGUGUUCCCGUUGACGGUAUCUCCACCAAGAAAAUUUCCAGCACCUUCAGCUACCUCGGUGGUGAGGACGGUGUCAUGGAUGGUGUUACCGGUAAUGGUACCACCGGUGUCUACGGUGCCUACAGCGGAUGCAGCACCAACCAGCGUCUCGCCUGGGCCAUGGACCAGUACUACAAGAAGAACGGCAAGUCUGCCUCUGCCUGUGGCUUCAGUGGUGCCGCUACCACCAAGUCCGCCACCACCGCCAGCUCCUGCAGCUCUCAGCUCAAGGCCGCCGGUACUGCCGGUACUGGCUCUGUCAGUGGCUCUCUUAACGCUGCUACUGGUACCAGCUCUGGUGCCACCUCCAGCGGUGCCGCCGGUGCUCUCAACGCUCCUCAGGCUGUCAUCAUUGGUGCAUGGCACACCGGUCUCUACGCUUUGGCUGCCUUCGCUACCGGUGCUUUCAUGAUUGCGCUGUAA